AUGAGUGCAUCUGAGAAGCGCUCGUCCACGCCGGGCCAUGGCGCGCCGCAACGUGGCGCGCCGAAAAGCAAAGGCGCGAGGAACGCCAAUGCCGAUGGCGAAGACGGCACGCCGCAGCCCGUGAGCAUGCCGAAGCAGGGCGCCAGAAGCGCUGCUGCUACACACAGGAUCAAUUUUGGGACAGUUGAUGACCAGAGCGCGGCAAUGUCCUCUUCGCCGGUCGCGCAGCCCACCGCAGGCAAGCAUCUCCAGGACGGGAAUCCGACCGUGUUUGGCACUGUUGCCGCGGAUCCCGCAGCGGCGGUAAAGAAAGGACCGAAAAAGCACCUCGAUUUCCAGAAACUGUUUCAGGGCCACGGCGGCUCGUCGGUCAAGGCGCCGGUCGAUCCCGCCGUCGCGUCCACGCAGUCGCCCGUGCAAGGCAUGAAUGCUGGAAAGCUGCAGACGCAACGCGGGCCUGCUCAAAGUGCAGUGCCGGGGCAGCCGAUGCUGAGACCUGACGGUCAAGGCAUGCCGCCGGGCGUGCCAUUUGGCGUGCCGCCUGCCGGUCCGUACCCCAUGUAUCCCCAUGUUGGGUACCCUGUCUCUCCCGGCGCAUUUCCCUACAUGGCACGUCCGCAGCAGUCCUGGUCGCCUGUCCAAGGCAACUCGCCGCACUUGCCGCACAUGGGCCCGCCGAAAGACGGCAUGUCGCCGCACUCAUCGAUGGUCCCGCCGCCGGGCGCUGGUGGCGCCGCCGCUUUGUAUCCUGGCGCGCCGGCGUCCAACUUUACCAUGAACGCGGGCGCACGCAUGUUUGAGCCACAAAAGAGCCGUGCGCUGCGCAUUGUCAACCCUGAGACGCAGGCGGAGGUGAAUUUGGACCAGGUGCGGCAGCAGGCGCAGGGUGCUUCGCAACCGGGCACAAAUACAAACUCAACGACGCCGUCACUUGCGCCGACCACAACAUCCUCUCAGCCUGGAACGCCGAAAUCUACGCAUUCCGUCGCGUCGUCCACGUCGAGUAUUGUGGAGAACCGUGUGAAGACGCAGACUGAUUUCCAGCAAAAGGUUCUCCGCCUCAAGGCGGAGCGCGAGAAGACAGAAAUAGAGAAGAGUGAGAAGGAGCAAGCGGAGAAAGAGAAGGAGAAGGAGGCAGAGAAGGCAGCCACCGAAAAGGCAGCAGCUGAAAAAGCCGCCGCGGAAAAGGCAGCAGCAGACAAGGCAGCAGCUGAAAAAGCCGCCGCGGAAAAGGCAGCAGCGGACAAGGCAGCAGCUGAAAAAGCUGCCGCAGAAAAGGCAGCAGCAGACAAGGCCGCGGAAAAAGCCGCCGCUGAAAAAGCCGCAGCCGACAAGGCCGCUGAAAAAGCUGCCGCUGAAAAAGCCGCAGCCGACAAGGCCGCUGAAAAAGCCGCAGCCGACAAGGCCGCGGAAAAAGCUACCGCUGAGCAAGCUGCAGCAGACAAGGCCGCGGAAAAAGCUACCGCCGAAAAAGCUGCAGCCGAUAAGGCGGCUGAGAAAGCCGCAGCUGAGAAGGCCGCAGAAAAGGCAACGGAAAACACAGCCGCGGAAAACACAGCCGCGGAAAACACGACAGCCGGACACACAGCAACCGAAAACGCUGCUGCUGAAAAGGCCGCCACCUCCCAAGCCGCCCAAGCCACCGAAGCGACCGAGCUCGCAGAAUCCACCGACUUCUCCCCUGCCCUGGAUGCAACCUCCGAUACCGAGCCAUCCGGCUCGGCCCAAGCGCUCCAAGCCGCGAAACCCAUCGACAACUUGGAAAGCGUCACGUACCCUCCCGCCGUCCAAGCCCCACAAGCCGACCUCAACAAAAACGCACCACCCGGCAAGUACCGCUACGACCGCGACUUUUUGCUCCAGUUCAUGAGCGUAUACACGGAAAAGCCCACCGAGCUUCCUCUGCUCGCGACGAUCGGCAUGGAAAGCGUCAGCGGCCGUGGCGGCCGUCGUACUGGCCCUAGCCGUGGCGGUACGGGUGGCCGUGGCGGCGGGCGCACCAGUGAAGAGCGUUUUGCUGCCAGUGGCCGCGGCGCAUAUGGCUCCGGCCCCAUGGGUGCCUUUGGCUCCGGAUCCCGCGGCCAGAGCUUGUCGCGUGGGGGCAGUAGCGGCACGCUUCCUUCGCGUGAAACGAUGGGCACAGGCGUUCCUAUGGGCGGCCGCACAAAGAGCAACCGCGGCCGGCAGCGCGGUCCUCACGUAAACCCCCCUGAAAAAGGCGGCCCAACGAUUCCCCUCGACCAAGUUACGCCCCUUGCCUACUCGGAGAACCGCUGGCGAACAAAAGGCGCGGAAGAGAAAGGGGGAGACCCGAUGGAGGUUGUGCAGCGCAAAGUCAAGUCGCUGCUCAAUAAACUGACAAUUGAAAAGUUUGACUCCAUUUCGAGCCAGAUUGUCGACUUUGCGAACCGGUCUAUCGACGAGCACGACGGCAAAACACUCCGCCAAGUCAUUGCGCUCGUCUUUGAAAAAGCCAUUGACGAGUCUGCAUGGAGCGAGAUGUAUGCACAGCUCUGCGCCAAGAUCCAAGUGAACCUGGACCCUGAGAUCAAGGACGAAAUCCUGGACGAAAAAGAGCAAAAAGAGUACCGCGGCGGCUUCCUUUUCCGCAAGUAUCUUCUCACAUGGUGCCAGGGCGACUUUGAGAAGGGGUGGGGUGCGGCGAAAGACAAGCCCACCAAAGAAGUGGAGCUGCUCUCUGACGAGUACUACGAGGAGCAGAAAGCCAAGCGCCAUGCCCUCGGUCUUGUCCAGUUUGUCGGCGAGCUCUUCAAGCUGCAGAUGCUCCAGCCGAGGAUCAUGCAUACCUGUAUCGUGCGUCUCUUGCGCACCACGACCGAGCCCGAAGAAGACGAGAUCGAAAGCGUCUGUCGCUUGCUUGCUACUGUAGGCUACCUUCUCGACUCCACUUCAGGGAACCACAAGAGUCGCAUGGACGUGUACUUUAAGCGCAUUGAUGAUAUCCUUGCCAGCCCAACAAUCUCGUCGCGCAUGCGCUUCAUGCUCCUCGACGUGAUUGAUUUGCGCUCGAACAACUGGGUCCCGCGUCACGAUACUACCGCGCCCAAGACUAUUGCCGAGAUCCAUGCGGACGCUGCGAAACAGCAGCAGCGCAAAGAAACGGAAAAGUUUUCGCGCCACGACAAUCCCAUCUCUCGCGGCGGUUCUCGACGUGGCCAGCAGCGCGAACGCGAGCCUACAGGCUCCGACGGAUGGAGCACCGUGGGCGGUCAGGCGCAGCCUGCGCGCUCUUCGCGUGCCGGCGACUUGUCUGAGUUUGGCAAAGGCAUUGACCGUUCGAGCGGCAAGCUUGGCAGCGGCCCCCAAAGCAUUUUUUCGCGCAAGAGCCAGGGCAAAGGCAGCGAUUCUGGCACAGAGUCGCCGACGCAAAGCAAGACCAACAUGUUUGACUUGCUGAAUUCGGGCGAGGCCGACGCGCCGCAGCGCAAACCGCUCCAGCUGCAGCCGCGGACCAAGCCAGCAGAGGAUGCUGGUUUGAGCGAGGAGGAUGCCAAGCGCAAGAUUGGCAACGAUGUCAAAGAGUACCUUGCGAUUCGCGACGUUGGCGAGGGCGUGCAGUCGAUUGAGUCUCUGCCGAGCGAGCACCGCGCGGCGUUUGUCGAUGCUUUGGUCAGCGCUGUACUGGACAAGAAAGAAGAGCAUGUGACAGAUGCAGGCAGACUCCUCGCUGCACUGUCCGAGCGCCAAAUUAUCUCGGAGGCGGCGCUGGUAGAGGGCUUCAAGCCGCAGCUCGUGUACCUCGACGAUACAAGCAUGGACGCACCUUCGGCGUAUAGCUUUAUGGCCCACUUGCUUGUCGAUGCUGGCAUUCCUCGUGCGCAGAUCGAGAAGCUUGGCGAGAGCAUGGAAGGCGAGGGCAUUACGCUCCCCAAGGACCGCCUCUUGGCCAUGGUCGACAAGCUUGGAGAUAGUUAG